CGCCGCUCGGCCCGCCCGGACACUGCAGUGUGGGUUACCGUGCCAUCGCUGCGGCUGCUCGCUCCCGACACCACGUCCCGCAGCAGACUUCACGGACCCGGGGAGAACAGGGGAGAGGGAAGCGCUUGUAAGCCAUGGCCGAGUCCAACCCGCUGCGGGGCUUCCCCCGUUUGCGCCGGGCCGCGACCUCAUUUCCAGGCAACCUGCAUUUGGUCUUGGUGCUCCGCCCCACCGGCUUGUUAAGCACCACCCCCAGUCCAUCUUCAAGCACCGACCUGGGCUUUCGCUUCAGCCAGGAUGACUUCCUGUUAAAGAUGCCGGUGGUGAUGCUGCGUUCGGUCGGUGACCUGCUGCGCUACAUCGAUGAAAACCACCUGACAUCAGACUUCACUGCGAAAGUGGAGUAUUGCCAAAGUGACUGGAUCGUCCUCCGCACGGCCAUUGAGACCUUCGCAGUGACAGUGAAGGAGAUUGCUCAGCUGCUGCAGGGCUUCGGAUCAGAGUUGUCUGAGAUCGAACUUCCAGACGAAGCUAACGCAAUCGAGUUCCUGCUGCACUCACACACACACCGAUACCGACAGAUGAAGGACAAUAUCCGUAAUGUGCUGAAAGAGGGACGCCUGCUGCUGUCGAACCUGGAAACUGUCAAGGCCUCUAAGAGAGAUAUAGAGGAGGAGAGGGACAUAAGAGUAGACAUGGACACUGUUCAGAGGCUACUGGCCCAGCUCAGAGACAUGGAGGAGGCGUUCGAUGGCUUCUUCGAGAAACACCACCUGAAGCUGCAGCAGUACCUUCAGCUGCUUCACUAUGAACUGAGUUUCCAGCAGAUGGAUGAGGUGCUGGAGAGGCUUACUAACCAGGAGAAGGACAUUGCCUUUGUGGGGACCACGGUGGUUCAGACUGAACAACUGUUGAGAGAUCUGGAGAUGCUGGACACAUAUGCUCAGGAAGAGAUGGCUCGUGCCCAGGUGGUGAUCCUUCAUGGUCACCAGUUGGCCGCCAACCACCACUACGCCCUGGCACUCAUCGUCCAACGCUGCAAUGAGCUGCGUCAUCACUGUGAUGUCAUCACUACUGCCAUACGCACCAAGCGGGCCUCGCUCAAUCGAGCACGAGACCUGCUGCUCCGCCUAGAAGGGGCCCUUGGGUGGUGUGAUGAAGGCGCCUAUCUUCUGGCGAGUCAGAUGGUGGACAGAUUCCAAACCAGAGAAGGAGCUCAGGAGGCGCUGCAGGUCCUAAGCUGUCACCAGGAGAGGGCGCCAUCCGCACUUAAAAACAACCAGGACACUCUGAGCCUGGAGUUUGAAGCCAUACUCACCCCACAGCUGCAGUCCCAAAUCUACAUGGUGACAGAGAAGCUGAACUCAGUGCAGUCCAUGAUCAGAAACAGAGAGCAGUGUCUGAGGAAGUUGGCGGAUGUACAGGUCAGACCAAUCCAGCUAGUGGCCCCCAGGCCUGAACCCGACCAGACCUCGCAGCGCUGCAAGUCACCCCUCUUCUCCCCCAAACAUGUUGUAGACUUUAACGUCCUGAACUCCAAGUUCUCCUUUGACCUGCUUCCUGGAAAGAGAGCUGCGAGGAGGAACAACAGCCAACGCAAGAUCGAGGUCAUGCAUGAUUUCCAAGGCAACCGCAGCUGUCUGUAUGGUCCCACCCCUGAAACGGAUUCAGAGGCAGAAGACAAUCCAGAGCAGGUCACACGCCAUAUUAUGAAGGAACUGAUCGCUACAGAGAGGAUCUAUGUAGAUGAGCUGCUCUCUGUCCUUCUGGGCUAUAGGGCAGAAAUGGAGGACCCAUCCAUGUCUAAUCUUCUUCCUUCAGCUCUACGCAGCCAGAAGGACGUUUUAUUUGGCAACAUGCCAGAGAUUUACCAGUUCCACAGCAGGAUCUUCCUCCAAGAUCUGCAGGGUUGCCUGGAGACACCAGAGAGGGUGGGAGCUUGCUUCCUGCAACGGAAAGAGAAGUUCCAGGUGUAUGAGCGUUACUGCCAAAACAAGCCUCGCUCUGAGUUGCUAUGGAGACAGUGCUCUGAUUCGCCCUUCUUUCAGGAGUGCCAGAAGAAGCUGGACCACAAGCUGGGUCUGGACUCUUACCUCCUGAAACCAGUCCAACGCCUCACCAAGUACCAGCUGCUACUCAAGGAGCUGUUGAAACACUGUAGGGAGGAGCGAUACCGCUUUGAACUCCAGGAGGCUCUGGACUCGAUGCUGGAGCUGCUGAAGUCUGUCAAUGACUCCAUGCAUCAGAUAGCCAUCACUGGAUAUCAGGGUGACCUCAGCCAGCUGGGCCGAGUGGUGUUGCAGGGAGGCUUCAGCGUGUGGAUCAGCCAUAAGAGGGCAGCGGUGCGAAUGAAGGAGCUGGCCAGGUUCAAGCCCAUGCAGAGACAUCUCUUCCUCUACGACCACGCCCUCCUCUUCUGCAAGCGCAGAGAUGAGGAUGCUCAUGACAGGACGCCCUUUUACAGCUUCAAAUCCUGCCUCAGAAUGAGUGCAGUGGGAAUCACAGAAAAUGUGAAAGGAGAUGUGAAGAAAUUCGAAAUCUGGUACAGUGGCAGAGAAGUAGUGUACAUAGUUCAGGCUCCCACAUUGGAGGUCAAAGUCGCCUGGCUGACAGAGAUUCGAAAAAUUCUCACCAACCAGCUGAGACUGCGUCAAGAUGAGGCUCCUUCUCUUCUACUUUCAGACAACCCUCUCUCGGACAGUGCAUCAGAGAUGUGUGUGUCGUGGGGCGGAGCGUCGGUGGGAGGCUGCUCAGCGUGUCUCCCUGUUCCUCACAGCUCCUCUGCAACAAACCACUCCUACAGGCACCGGGGGGAUGAGUCAACUCACAGUAGCCCCGCCCAUUCAGACCCCGUGGUUCACUCACCUCGACGCACUUGGCCUGUCCCUGCCCACUCAGUGGCAAUCUGUGACGGCCUGGAGGACUGGGGUGCAGCAACAGACCUCUCCAACUUAUCAGACUCAGACGAGGAGGAUCAGCCCGUUCCACUGGUGUCAGGCAGGUACAGGGUCAUGGUAGAGAGCAGCAUGGCCAGCACUGAUGACAUCAUCUUUAACUGUGGCGAUGUCAUCCAGCUGCUGCAUGAGGAAUUGUCGGGAAUGUGGAUGGUGAGGAAUGUAAGUCGUGGUGAAGAAGGCCGUGUUCUGUCUGAGGACCUGCACAGGAUUCUGGGAGAGACCUGCUAAGAGCCAAUCAGAACCGUGGAUAGAUGUGUUCCAUUCUCCUCCUGUCACUUGUUUGGCUCAACCUUUUUUCCGACUAACGUACUCUUAACAUCCUGACCAAAAGGGGGCCUCUGACUCUGCAAAGGCGUUCAUCAGAUCAUCAGAUUGAAACACAUCAACCACAUAUUAUACUCUUCAAACUACUGUGACACUUUCACCUCAGAAGGCUGUAAACUACAGAACAGACCUCAGAAGACUGUACCAAUGCAAAGCACAUACUAUGUGGGACCUCACAGAUCCGGCGCCUUCUUUUUGUUUAUCUAUCUUUUCAAGUGUAAUACAGUAGAUUAUUUUGGGUCAUAACUAAAGACGGCUUUUAUUCAUACGUACAGAAUGGACUUUUGUUGAAGACUUCAGGUUUUAUCCUUUCUAUUUUCUUAUGAAAUAUCACAGAAAUCAUGCAUAUGCCUACAGACAUAUCAUUACUGUUCAUAUGUGCCAAAAUGCUCAGAUAAUUAUUGUGGCUUCUUUUUGUAUAACACCGUCCAUUAUGGAAAACAGCUUUACCUCGCAUUGUCAUUGUUUUCAAUGAAUUAAAACCUUAUUUCUUACAGCAGCCAGCUACGUCACCAGAGGGUAUGAAUGUGAUUUUAACAUAUGCUCAAAAUCGCAUUAAGGGAACUUGUAGCGGUUUGUUUUGCUCCUCACUGGUGUUGGUUCAGGAUGUAUAUGUGAAAAUGUCAUUGCAUACCUUCUAUAAAUCUUUCUCAGCACAUCAUAGCAGGAAAAGAACAGGUGUAAUUAAUAAUGUCACAAUAUUGGCUUGUUGCAAUAUAGCCUUGGUCCUGUGUGCAUGGUGCCUCAGUGGGUAAUUUCAAAGGAGCAGAGCCAUCGUUAAUGUUAUUAGUUCCUCCUGUGCUUCUCCUGCUAUGACGAGUGAAAAUGUUUCCUGAUUAUUUACUCUUGAAGUACUCGGAGUGAUAGUUGACCUUUGCUAUUCAAAUAUAUUGCUGUAAAUGUAAACGGAGUAAAGUUGUUAUAGGUCUGUUGCUGCUGGAUUUGUUCUCAAAAGUUUUAAAGUGACUAAAUAAAGGGCAGAGUCAUAUUCAAAUUAAUAUACAAGUCAUUGUUGAGAUAGUGACUCACUGGUGAUCCAGUUAAAACCAGUAAAGGCUUCAACAGCCUCCAACAUAAAAAAAACCUGCUGCAGCACUCCUUGGUCAGCCCUCAUGAUGGACUGGGUCUGAGGGAAGUACUGCAGUACUUAUGCAGGAUAAACGCAGUGUACACUGGCUGUCAUUGUAGCUGGUUGUUGUAAUAUAUAAAUUGCAAGUAUUUUGAAGAGAGUUAAUUUUCCUAUUUAUUCUUGCUGCUGUUGAUAAUGUGCUAUGUGUUAACUGUGUAAUUAGUUGAUUUUGGAUUGGUGAUAGUUCUGCAACUCUUCCAUCAUCAUUAGCUGAGAUGAGGCAAGCUUUUAUGUUUCUGUUUGUGUGCUGCUCUGCAUGGACAAACCACCGCACAUGCCUACUGUUUUGUUUCUGCCUGUACUACAUUUUACACCAACAGGGAAACUAGACUCACUGUUGGGUAGUGACUGUAAGUGGAGUAGUUUAGAAUUGAACUAUUACAGUUACAUUGUGGAUUCAUGAAAUAUUGAUUUGAUUAGAUUUUUAAUUAUUUUAAAACUGCCUGGCUUAAAACUGACCAGACUGAUUUUCUGUUAAACACUGCCACUUUACCACCAUAUGUGCUGAAGGGCAGACAGAUACAGUAUUAUACUGACAGCUUUUGGAAUCAACUACAGUUAACUGUGAAUAUGUAAAUGGUACAAAUCUAAAUUUUAGAUGUUAAACGCUACUUUGGACAAGUGUUUGGACAGUCAAAUGUUGACACUCAGCUGUCAAGUGACAAUUUUAUAAUAAAUACAGUCUAGACCUGCUCUAUUUGAAAUUGUCCUGAGAUAAUUCCUAUAAUGAUUUCCCACCAUACAAAUAAACUAAACUUAAAUUUAAUUGACAAAAGGUACAUUAGAUUCCUACAGUAUUUUCUUUCAUCUCUGGACUAUAUAAAUCUGACCCCACUGGUAACACUAAACUUAAUAUUAACACUUAAUGAAGAUCAGUUUUUAUAGUAUUUAACACCCUCAGUGGGAACAUUGAAGUCACUUGAUAGGAAGUGCUGGACUGUCUAAAUAGAAUGUGUCCAAUAAAACUCAUUAAUGAAUAACAUUUUAUCAUGUUUUUUUUUUUUUAAAUCCACCCAAUGUGGGUUGUACUGUAACCUCAUAAUAAGUUGAUAAUGAAUUUGUUCAGUCAGGCUAUGAUAUGUUUUAUCCACAGUACCUUAAACUGGUGUUUGCUACUUUUGCUCAUUUUGCACUGUUUUGAUAUUUUAAAUCAUUGUGAAAGCUUGUAUUAUAA